ACGCUGCCAAGGAGAAGUUUUAACUCAACGACCCAGUCCCUCCUUUAUAAAUCGGAAUCAAUUACAUCCCUAAAUGAACGUAAUCACCAUGGCCGCUGUGGCUCCCCGGUAAGAGAAGGCUAUGGAAUAGAUGGUCAGGCUCAGCUGCGUGACCUAACAACUAGAAACGGACUGAAUGAUCAAGAACGUGAAGUUCCCGCAGGGUCUUCAUCUAGACAGGAUUAUGAUAUACCAAGACAGUCUGUACUUCGGAAGACUGAGUCAAGCACUGCCAGCAGCAGUCGAGGGUGGGGCAGUCGCUCUUCUUCUCCUUCCAGGAGAGGCCAUGAAGCCUUUGCUCAAGGAAGGGACCACAAUGGUGGCUCAUUGAAUGGCCAUGUUCAUCAACAUGUGAACUCUUCGCCUUCAAGGCAAAACUUUGAUGCUCGUUCUCAAUCUCAAAGACAUAAGACUGUGGUUACCAGCUCAGUCAAAAGCGGUGACACCAACAGUUCUUUGGCUUUGAGGGGAAGCUAUGAUGCUUCUGACAUUCACCCAUCUGGAAAUAUGCAAACUGGCAGCUCGUUUAAUAGCAAGAAUCUGCACACAAGCCGCACCCCUUCUCCUUCCAGAAGAGGCCAUGGUGACCCUCCAGGCUACUCAAUCCUUAGAAGAGCCACCAAAGGAGACUCCAAUGGUUCUUUUAAGAGCAACGACGCAAACAGUGAAACAAAGCAUGACUCCCAUUCCUCUUCACACUCAUGGCGGGGAUCCAAACAUUCCCACCGCAGCUCCUCUUUAUCUCGAUCUGCUUCACCUUCUAGACAAACCCGGAAUAACAACAGAGCUGCCUGUGUUACUUUAGAAACACCUAAAACCUCUGGUAGCACGAGACACAGGACUAGUAGACAUGGCGGCGAUGAUGACCGGCACGCUACUCGUGACGAGAGGUCCUUUCAGCGUGCACACCGCCCCUCUCCUCCACCUCAGAUACACAUUGAGACAUACACCUCCUCGCAAAGCUCUUUGGAGUCCUCUGAGUCAGGUCGGCUCUCUGUGGGAUCAACAGAACGGAACAAGGAGGGGUACGCUGGAAUGGCCGACCAGCCGAAGGUCAAAAUGGUCCAUCAGAAGGAGGGUCCGGGCAAUAUGGGACAGCCACCGAGUCAUCAGCCUGUUCGAAGACAGGAACUUUUUAAGCCAGCCAGCCACUCCCUGAGCAGGCAUCCCUCCAUAGAGUGGGAUGAUCCUGGGGAAACAGACAGAGACUGCCACUACGCGGGCAGCGGAUACCUAUCUCGAGCUCACUCCACUACGUCACUGCAGAGAUCAGGCAGUCCCACAGCAGAUGAGGGCAGUUCGUGGAAAAGUGAUCAUCGCAGAUCAGAAGAAAUGCAGGGAUGGAUGUCGAAGCUGGAUGACUGUGGAGAGUGGAAGAAGCACUGGUUUGUUUUGACAGAUGCUGGACUCAAAUAUUACAGAGACUCCACUGCAGAGGAGAAAGAUGACUUGGAUGGAGAGAUUGACCUGAAAUCCUGUCUGAAGGUGUCCGAGUUCAACGUGGAGAAGAACUACGGGUUUCAGAUACAGACGCGGGAAGCUGUUUUCACACUGUCGGCCAUGACAGCUGGGAUCAGGCGAAACUGGAUAGAGGUUUUGAAGAAGUGUAUCCAGCCCAGCAGCUCUCCAGACCUCACACAAUUGCCUGACAACAACAGCGACAAGGAGAACUCCCACAAACGUUUCCCGACGUCUUCCCGUCGGCCGUCGUCGCGCCACGUCGAAUCCCAGCCGGACGCGCCGAGCUCGGCCCAUCCCGCCGAACGAAAAUGCGACUACGUAGAACUCUCUCCUGUUACCGCCUCCUCUGGGCCGCUCCCAUCCAGUCAGAGAGAAGCAGGAGAGGGGCAGGGGCGAGAGCACAGCCAGUGGCAGGAGGACAGGAGCACGAGCAGCCAAUGGGAGGCCGUUCUGUCCCGGAAGGGCUCGGGCGUGGGAUCCAACCAGAGGCUACACCUGGAGGACGAAAUUGAGAAGAAGUGGUCCGAGUUUGAGCGAAUGCCGUUAAAGGACAUGAGCUCCUUUUCGUCGACGGGCUCGCGGAGCUCUGGCACGUCAGCCAACGAGGCGCUGCAGAGGGAGGUGGCGUCACUGAGGCAACAGCUGGACAAACUACAGCAGGGGGGAGGAGGGGGAAGGGGAGGAAGUGUGCGCGGUAACUGCGGCCCUGAGGCGCCCUGCAGCCGCAGCCUGGCGGCCAUGGAGCGCGCUCAUAGACACGCGCUGGAAGAGCUGCAGAGGCAACAUGACCGGCAGAUGAGGGAGCUGGAGACUGAGAAGGACCGGCUGUUGCUGGAGGAGACUCAGGACACGGCACGAGUGAUGGAAGCUUUGAAGAAGAAACACAAAGAGGAGCUGGAGAGAGAGGUGGAGAAGGUCAAGAGGCUGAGCAGCGGAAAGUUAGACCCUCGGACUCUGCAAGCCCAGCAACAGGCUGAAACCCAGGCCUUGCAGAGAGAGCUGGCCGGUCUGUCUGAGCGCUACUCUGAGAAGUGUCUGGAGCUGAACCGGGCUGAGCAGAGGAACGCCGAGAGAGAACGGGAAGUCAGCCACAAAGAGAGAGACAUGGAGCAGCUGAAGAAGGACAACGCGGAGCUAAAGACCCGCUUGACGGACGAAAUGAGUCGUACGCGAUCCAGCCUUACAGAUAAAGGCUCAGAGGACAACAAAGACAAGGUGUCCUGUGAACUACAGGUUCUCCUCAGAAUGAAAGAUAACGAGAUAGAGUAUCUGCACAAGGAGAUCAGCUGUCUUAGGAAUGAGCUACAAUUUCUAAACACGGAAAAGCAGCUGGCCUGUGAGCGGUAUGCAGAGGUGCACGGAGAGCUGAACGGGAUGAAAUGCCGGACUGAGCGCGAGAUUCAGAGCCUGAAGGAGCACUUGAGGCUGGCCAUGGCUGCUCUGCAAGAGGGACAAAAGCUGGGGAACAGCCUGGACCACUGACUAGCUGCUGCUGCUGCUAAAUCUGUGGCGCACAUGAGGAUGGCUAUGGGCUGAUAAAGGCAGGAGAAUGACAAAGCAUAGUGCAAAGUCUCUUUAGAGAUUUGGAAAAGCAGGUGUCUUUUUUUUAUUAUUAUUAUUAUUAUUGUUUCAACCUUUCUUUGUCCCCAGAGAUUAGCUUUUCAGUCUGCAUGGCGACUGGAUCCAAAGGAGCUGCUCGUGCAGGACCUUAGCAGCUGUGUCAGAACUGCCACAAUGUGUCUUUCAACCCAUUUGCCAAAGCGCCAUUUGGUUGGUUUCAUUACACUGGGCCUUACCUUGUAUGUUAAAGUGCACUUUUGCUUUUUUUUUUUUUUUUUUUUUUACUUUUGAGAGUUCAAGCUUGCAUCCAGACGCAUUUGGUCUUAAAACUGGAACAUCUGCGUUUUACAGUUCAUCGGGCCUUCUAGAUGGCUUGUACCGUCUAAACCUCCUUUUGAAAGCGGAGGUCAGAAGACUUGCUUGCUUCAUACAGCUUUUCGUUAUUUUUAGUCCGUCUGCGAACAUUUGUACCUGUGUUUUGUUUGUAAAUGGGAGUUUCUGGAAAAUACAUUGGGAUUCUGACAUGACAACACAGGACAACUUGUUGAUGGGGAAAUUUGGUCUGAUUAAGGAACAGAUUCAGGCUUCUUUCAUUUGAUAGUUGACUAAACGCUGUUGGAUGAUUGUUUCUCCACGUAACUCAUCCAUAUAUCUACAACCCAUGGAGGAGAUUUCCCCAGCUUCCUGACUCCGCUGACCAUUUACCGGCAUGUUCCGCUAAGUGCCACCACCACACCAAAUGGCAGGUGUUGCAUCAAUGAGCCAUUUUUUUUAUUUUAUUAUAUUUUUCUUAUUGAAAAUAUCUAUUGUGAAAGAGUAACUACCUACUUUUUUUGAAGCAUUUUCAUAUUUAAAAGCCUUUAGGGUCUUUGUAAAUUAUGCUCGUUUUUUUUUGCAAUCAAUAAAGUUACUUCAUUAGAAA